AUGAAGACUCUGUCCAUCUUGGUUCUGUUGUCGCUGGCGGUCAUCUGCCUCACUUCAGGUAAAACCUAUGUCUCCCAGCAUGCUGAUGACGAGCUCGCCCAGGACGGUCCAUUCGUGGAGAAGGAGGAGGCCUCUGAGGUGGUGAGACAGAAGAGAGCUGCACCAGAGUUAUCCCUGACCCAGCUGGAGAGUCUGAAAGAAGUGUGUGAAACCAACCUGGCCUGUGAUGAAAUGAUGGACGCUCAGGGAAUCAUCGCCGCCUACACCGCCUACUACGGACCAAUCCCCUAUUAA